AUGGCCGUGUCGCCUCACUGUACUCGAUGUUCGGCAGCAGAGGAGGAUGCAAUCCACUGCCUCAGGGAUUGCCCUCACUAUAGGGAAAUAUGGCUUCGUGUGGGUGCUUUGUCAUGGCCAAGAUUUCUGAUUAAUGGGUGCACCGAUUGGGUGCGGGCGCAGGCUCAAGGCAGGAACGGAACCAGGUUUGUGGCUUGCUUGUGGGGAAUUUGGAAGUGGCGGAAUAACAUGCUCUUCGAAGAGGUUGGGUGGUCCGUCGGCGAGGCGUGGCGUCGGUUGUGCAAUGAACAUGACGAUAUUGAAAGGUUCAUGAAUGGAGAGGAUGAUGUGAAUGAUGAUUCGUGGAUGGCUAGAAGGUGGAAAGCGCCGCCGGAAGGACAUGUUAAUCUCUGCGUGGAUGGAAGUGGAUGUUCGCUGCUGUCGGAAGCAAGGGCCUUGAAGCUUGGCUUGCAGGUAGCUUGGGACCGUGGGUACAGGGAUGUGAUUUGCAACACAGACUGCAGUGAUUUGUUGAAGGCGUUGGAAGAUGAUGAAAGACGCCAGUUCUUGCCUAUUCUUGGGGAAAUCAGAGACUUGACAUCUAGGAGCUGGAAUGUGUCAUUAAGUGGUAUCAGUAGAGACUGUAAUUUACCAGCAGACUGGCUAGCCAAGAAAGGUGCUGCUUCUCCGUCCAUGGAUCUUUGCCUGCUGGAUAAUCCUCCGUCGGAGUUAGAGAUCCUAAUCAUCAGGGAUCGUUUAGCUUUUCCUUAG